AUGGAAUAGCUUUAAAAAUUCAAGCCAGAUCAACUCAUUAGAGAUAAUCUAAAGGACUAUGAUUCUAGAAAUUUGAUGAUCAUUACAGAUAACUAUGAAAAUACACUAUAGUUCAUCCAGGACUAUUGCUAACAAGAGGAAAAGUUGUAUGAGAUCUUUUAUGGCAGUGACUUCCCUGACGAUUAAAAUGAGGAGUAUAUCUAUGAAUAGAUUAAUGAAAUUAUUUUGCAAAUGGAAAGUGGAACCAUUUGUGUCUUCUUGAACCUCAAAAACGUUUAUUAAUCUUUCUAUGACAUGCUGAAUCAGAAUUACACAGAAAUAGGCAACAAGCGAUAUUCAAAGGUAGCAGUUGGAGCUGACUAAAGUCUCUGUGAGUUACAUAGAGAAUUCAAGUGCGUACUUGUAGUAUACAAAAACUAAGUCGACUAAUUGGAUGGACCUCUAAAGAAUAGAUUUGAAAAGCAGCUGUUUACUGAGGACAUUAGCAUGAAUCAAGAGAUCAAUGUUCCUUACUAUUAAAGAAAAUCAAUCAUUACAGCAAUUAGUUAUUCAAUGUAAAGAAUCUAUGGGAAUGAUGAGGAGACAAUUAUUAAGGAAAGUAUGAGAGCAUUAAUUAUAGUUGCCACAUUCUAAGGUAUCAUAAGAUCAAAGCUAACCUAAGUAUCGGACAGAGAGGACUGGUAUUGGGAAUACAUUUAUUAGAAUCAUCAUUAUAACAUGCAAAGCCUGAUUGAAUACUAAUAAGGAAUAUGGAUGAGAGAGAAAUUUUUGAAAAGAUCAGAGAAUUCAACCUAAUCAUCUAUAGAGUUACUAAGCAAAGUAGUUUCAAUUGAAGAAAAGAUUGUACUAAAUAGUAUGCACAAGAAAAAAUAAUUUUCCUUAUUAGUUGAGAAUUUCUUCUCAAUUGAAAACAACAAGGUAUUGCUGUUGAUAUUUGCUGAUUAGUUGAACGACUCAAAGAAUAUCAUCAAUCUUUGUAGAAGUAAAAUCAAUAAUUAGAGAACUAAGAGACUUCUUGAGAUAGAUAAGAAUCCUAAUUAUGCUGAUGCACCUGCAAAACAAACUCUGGCAAGUGAGAACUUGAUUCUGUAGAAAUUCUCUGUUAAGUAAUACAUAUCUUGA